AUGGCGGCUUCUGAUAACGAGAUCGUGGCUCCCACAGACAAUGUCCCAGUGGCUCCAAGUAAGCAUCACCUCGCAGGCCGGCGCCCAUGGCACCACCAGCCCCACUGACCGCACCGCAGAGAACGAUUACUACACCGUUCGCGCCCUCCCAGGCAAAGGGUACGGCUGCAUCGCACUCCAGCACAUCCCCCGCGGUACACGGAUCCUAACGGACACGCCUCUCCUCAGCGUCCCAGCAGCCGUGUACAUGGGAUCAGACAUCGAGCACGCCUUCGGGCCGCUCAGCCCGGAGCAAAAAGGUCUCUACCUGGCACUGCACAGCGGGCACGGGCAAGCGACGUCAGCGUGGCCCUCGACGAUGCACGCCUCGGUGCCCACGCACGAGCGCCAGCGCAUCUCCGAGCAGCACGCCGCGCGCACCGGCCCGCACGCCACCCUGCUCUCCCUCUUCCAGACCAACUGCAUGGAGAUGGGCCACGGGGCGGCCGUGUUCGCGCACGCAUCCCGCUUCAACCACGCGUGCAACCCCAAUGCGUGUUUCAGCUGGAACGGCGCGAUCGGACGCGAGACCAUCCACGCCAUGCGCGACAUUGGGCCCGGCGAGGAGAUCACGCUGUCGUACUGCGAUGGGCAGCACGAUAAGCGGCGCAGGGCGUGGGAGCUGUUGCACUAUGGGUUUGUGUGCGCGUGUCCUGCGUGCGGGGACGAGGACGACGUGAGUACAGGAGUACAGGAUCGACUGCAGAUGUAG